AUGAAUCAAACAUUACUAUUUUUGUUCGUGCAAUCGAUCGCAAUUCUUUUGGCAACUUCUCACUUUGUUUCGAGAAAUGAGAGGUGAACUUGAAUUUCGAGAUUCAACCAAAAAAUAAUUUUUUUCGAAAUUUCAGAUCCUUGAUGAGAACUGAAAAUAUCGACAAAACUGAAGAAUAUCCAAAAGGGAUGAAAGAAGUUGUUGAAUAUCUGCUUCUCAAAGAUUUGGCAAUGGAGUAUCCGGACCUAGUUCCUUCCAAGAAAUCUGAGAAAAAGCCACGUCGCAUUGUCUAUCUGGUCAACUACAAAAUUCCAAAACCACUUGAUGAAACUCCAACAUCUAAUCCAAUUCGCUAUAAAAUAAUGUAUUGA